ACGAUCAUCAACAACAAAACCUAUAUCAUCAGCUGCUAUUGCUGCACGUUUAUCACGUUUAGCAAAUCAACGUAUGGAUUCAAAUCGUUUUUUAAUUUGUUCAGGAACAAAUUCAUAUAAUACAAUACGUAAAACAAAACAUGAAGUACGACGUUUUGCAUUGUAUUUAGAAGAUACAUUUAAUGAAAAAUGUUCUAUUGAUGAAUUAAAACCUGAACAAUUAUGUACAUAUUUAAAACAUUAUUUUGGUAAUGUUCGUAAAGCUGAUAAUACUGAAUAUGAACCUGAUACAUUAAGAAGUUUUAUGUUAUCAAUUGAACGUUAUUUAAAAUCUCGUAAAUAUUCAUAUAAUAUACUUGAAUCUCCUGUAUUUGCUCCAUGUCGUGAAGUUAUACAAGAAAAACGUGAUACAUGGGCUAAACCAAUAAAAAAUAUAAGUAAUUCAAAAGUUGAAGCAUUUACAUCUGAACAUGAAUUAUUACUUCGUCAAAUGAAUAUUAUAACACGUGAAACACCUGAUGGUUUAUUACUUGAAUUAUUAAUAAAUAAUUCAAAAUAUUUUGAUCAACGUGGUAAUGAAUCAACAAUAAAUCGUUCAUUAUUAUGGGGUGAUUUACAAAUUAAAAUUGAUUCAACAACAUCAAAUGAAUAUGUUGAAUAUAAACGUUCAACAACUAAUUUACGUGCAUAUGCUAAUCCAUUACAACCAAAUCAAUGUCCUGUUGCUAGUUUACGUCUUUUCACUUAUCAUCGACCAACACAAUGUUCAAAUGCAGAUGCACCAUAUUAUCUUGUACCACGUACAUCAACCGAUCAACGUGUUUGGUAUAAAACAAUACGUGCUGGACGUCAUAGAUUAGAUUUAUUAAUACAACAAGCUAUGCAAAAAGCUGGUAUUAAUGGAAAAUUUUCUUGUAUGAGUUUAAGAAAAGGUAAAAUAAAAGGUUUACUUAUGCCAUCAAUAAAUUCUGAAUUACUUGAUUUAUCAUCAAAUCAUACAAAAAAAUUUAAACGAGAACAAAUUUUAUCAACAUCAUCAUCAUCAACAUCAACAGUUAUAAUUAAACCAAUUGAUACAAUACUUCCACUUCAACCACAAUCAGAAAAUCAUCAUGAUGAUCUACCUUCACCAAUAUCAAUAUCAAUAAGUAAUAAACGUAAAUUAACAUCAAAUGAUACAUUUCAUGCAUUAUAUGCAGCAGCACAUUUAAAAUCAUCACGACAAUCAAAAAUAAAUCUUUUAAGAAAAUAUCUUGAAGAAACACUUGGUCUUGUUGAAUUUCUUACUUUAUAUGAAUAUUUAAGUAGAAAUUCAUAUAUUAAAUUACAAGGUACACCUAUUGAACAUUAUGAACAUAUUUUACCUGUUUUACUUACAUUACUUAUGCUAGAAAAUACAGCAUAA